AUGAAACCAAUCGAACUUGUCUUAAAUUCGAAUCACAAGGUUAUGCUGGAGAAAAAGAUAGCCUUGGAAUCUUGCAGCAUAUGUUUCUAUUGUAUUACUUUCCUUGAUGGAGUCAGAGCAUAUAAAGAAGAUAAUGAAAGAAUGGACCAAAUGAGAAAAGAUACAUAUGGGAAAAGCAUCAAUUUCAUACAGUACUAUAAUCUCGAACAUACUUACAUAAUCCAGGAGAGUCCUUUGAGAAAUAUUUAUCAGUCGCCACAAUAA